AAACAAUGCUCAAAGUAGCGCCGCGGGGGCCGGGACUUCCCGCCGCCUCCCCGAGACCGGCCGGCGCUAAGGGACAGCGCUAAGGGACGGCGCGGGGCGCUAAGGGGCGCAGCCGGGCGGAGGCCCGCCCGCUCGGCCGGACCCUCGGCCGGACCCUCGGCCGGUCCCUCGGCCGGACCCUCGGCCCGGACCCUCGGCCGGGCUCCCGUCCUUUUUGUCUCCAGCGCCGGGGGCUGCGGGCUGCGGGCUCCUCUGCGCUCACUCUGCGGAUGGCCCGAGCCCCGGGCUCCCGUCCGGCUCCCGUGCGAAACAGUCCAGAGUUCCAAUGGCUGACCCCAGCUAGCCAGACCGCCAAAUCCCGGACAGCCCACUGGACCACAAAACUGGGGACAAACUGCUGGACUGCUGUUCCUGAGGAGAGCCCGCCGGACCACAUACCCUAGGGACAGCCCGCCAACAGCUGUGCACAAGAUGAUCCAGCCCCUGUAUGGGGCAAGAUGCAGUCGGCCAGAGUCUGCCUGAACCGAGAGCGAGCGAAGAUGUCCGCGUGCAGUGACUUUGUGGAACAUAUCUGGAAGCCCAACUCCUGCCAGAACUGCUUCGGCCUGAGGAGUGACCACGACCUUACACGGAGAGCCGGUAGCUCCCCCACAGCUCCCAGUGCUGAGCGUGCCGCCUCCCCCUACUCGAAGCCGACCAUCGCGGUGAAGCCGACAGUGAUGAGCGCCGACGCCUCGGACGCCUGGGUGGAAGCCCAGAGACCUCUGGAGCCUCCGCAGGUCAGCUGGUUCCCAGCUCAUGGCAAACAUCACAUCCUGAAUCCCUUGGAUGCCCAGAAGGUUUACCAGGAGCCCUCAAGCAGCGCCGGGCACCAGCCCCCGGCCCGCCCCUGCCCUGCUGGCUACUCCGUGAUGGGUCUGCGCGGUCCGGCAGAUAAGGCCUCCCCCUCCUCCCACACUGUCGGCCUUCGCAGGGACAAGGGAGUGUGGGGGUCCGGGCCGGGACGCCCUUCCCCAGACCCUGCUGUGACCCCAGAGAACUUCAGCCAGAAGAUGGCAGCCUCACCGGAGCAGGACUGCGGGGGAGGUGGGGGCAAGGAUUCAAGGGCGUAUGCUUCCCUGCCACUUGGGGGUGAUCAGCCCUGCUCCCCUGGCAGCGAGAGUGAGGGCGGGGAAUAUUGUUCCAUUGCCGAUUGCUGCCCCAGGGUCCCUGGCCCCUGCGACGCCUGGACAAUUGGGGACCGCGGGUCAGGAGGUGGUGGUGGCCCCUCCCCACAGUUCUGGGACCAGAGCACCGGCCAGGGACCGGGAGAAGGUGAGGGGGGUCUGUGGCUCCAGAAUUCAGGCCGGAGCCUGCCGGGACGCUCCCGGGAGUCCCCGUCUGUCCCAAACCGGGCUGGCCCUAGCGUCUCCGAAGGCCGGUCCAUUAAGAACAACCCUUCCUCCCUGCCCCAAGAGCCUGGCUAUUGCUGUCCCACUCAGGGGCCCAACCCCUCUCCUGGGGAGCCUCCACUCCAAGACCCCACCCCCUCUGAGCCUGUCUAUGCUGAGAGCACCAAGAGGAGAAGGGCCCCCCUGACCGGGGCCAGCCCUGGAGCCCAUCCCAACCAGGCGUCGGGCUGCCCAAGCCCCGAGAACAUAACCAACUGCCAAGACCCGGAUCCAACCACCCAGCUAGCCUCCAAGAUGACUGUCGUGGAGGCCCAUGCAGAGGAGGACCACCGGACCAUCUACCUGAGCAGCCCAGACUUGGUUAUUGGGGUGCAGUGGACGUUCGGGUCCACUGUCCAGGACACAGGCCAAGGGGACAUUGGCUGCGCUGGGCUCCGGGGCCCCAACCCGAGUGACGUCCAACCUUCUGGUGGCCUGAUGCCUGGUCACGAGAACCCCGCCAGCGCCCGCCCCUCCAGCACCCGCCCAUCUGGCAUCCGCCCUACUGGUGCCCGCCCAGCCAUUCCUCCCAAACUGUCCAGAGGUGCCCUGGCUGGUCCUCCAGGCUCUGCACUGGGCUCCCCACAGGCCCGGCUCAGAGAGGGCAGGGACAGCCACAGCUCUACGCCCUGCCCCAACAAAUGCCCAGAUGCCAGAGCUCCACGGCCCACUGCCACCACACCUGCUGCUGCUUCUCAUGUCAAUGGAGUCUCUGCCAAAGGCAGCCCACCCUCCUCCUCCUCCUCCUCGAGCCCCUGCCCCUCCAACCAGGGGUGGCCCAAGGACCUGCCCAAAGACUGGAGCCAGCAAGGCAGGAUAGAGGAGGAGGCCGAGGCAGAGCAGGAGCUGUUGAGCCAAAGUUGGCCGAUGAAGAUGGGGAUGGGCUCAGCCCGGGCAUCAGCUGCAACCAGUUUCCGCCAGCACCACCACCUCCUCCACCACCGCCCCCUUGCGGAGGGCUGUUCUGGGCAGCAGGGUGUAACUGGGACAGGCAUGAGCAAGUCGGCAUCUUUUGCCUUUGAGUUCCCCAGGGAUCGGAACAAAAUGGAGGAAUUUGCACCCCCUCCUCCGCCUCCAAAAUCCAGGCAUCUUCUCAAAAUGAACCAGAGCAGCUCUGACUUGGAGAGAGUGAGAAGGGAGACCCCCAGCCCCACCUUCCGAGGAACCCACGCCUGCUUCGCCCCCGGCUCCACCGACAGCGUGGACUCCGACAGCCGGCCGGGCAGUGACGGAGGGCAGUCGUCCGAGCCCACUCUCUCACCUAUGUCUAGCAGGAAGAAUCUCUCGGCUGCAGACAUGUCUGCUGAGGCCCCCCCGGAGGCCAGGCCGGCCAACCAGCCCUUGGAGCCCCCACCACUGCCCCAGAAGAAGACCGUGAGUCGAACGGUCUCUUCACCUGAUGGCUUUUUCUGGGGCCAGGGAUCUCCUGGCCGGAGGACAGCAAAUGCCCAGCUGCCCCUCAGUCACUCAGACAGCAGCUUCUGCUCACACGAGGCAGGGCACUCUCAUCCCCCUACCAGCCCGGGGCCUCAGCGCCCCUCAUUCUUCUCUUCCUCCUCCUCCUCCACUUCUUCCUGCUCCUCCUCCUCUUCCGAGUCCCCUGCACCCGAGUCCUUGGAGAAGAGUGUCGCGGUCAGUGGUCCCUGGGCCUCAGCCCCAGGGUCAGCAGGAGCCCCAGGGUCAGCGGGAUCUCUUAGCCGAGGAGGCAGCCUCCAGGUCCGGGGGAGGUCGGGUUUCCUUAGCCCCCAGCCUUCCGGGAACAACCCCACGCAGCCAUCCCAUGCCGCCGGUGGCCCAGAAGGGGAGAACUCCAGGCUCCGGAUGCUGUACGGCCAGGCCAUGCUCCGUCUGGCCGCCAGGUGUGAGGACCUCUUCAUGCGCGUCCAGAAGGAGGGGCUGCGCUUCAAUGAGAGCAGCUGGUCACUCUUCCAGCUGACGUGCAACAAGCCCUGCUGUGACUCUGGAGAUGCCAUUUAUUACUGUGCCAGCUGCGCUGAGGACCCAGCAGGUCCAUAUGCUGUGAAGAUCUGCAAGUCGCCAGAGUCCAAAGGGACAGCCUCCUACUGCGGCCCGCCCGGCCCUGCACACUUCAACGUCCAGCAGGACUGCGGCCACUUCGUCGCCUCCGUGCCCGCCAGCAUGCUGGUAGCCCCACAGUCCCCCUCCGCCUCCCGGGCCCCCACCCAGGAGCACAACUGUGUGGUGGUCAUCACCCGAGAGGUCCCCCACCAGACCGCGGCCAACUUCGUCCGCUCCUCGAGCUCGGCCCACAGCGCCCGGCCCGAGGCAUACGAGCGACGCGUGUGUUUCCUGCUCCUGCAGCUGUGCAACGGGCUCGAGCACCUGAAGGCACACGGGGUCGUCCAUCGGGACCUGUGCCUGGAGAACCUGCUGCUGACUGACUGCUCCUCACACUCCCCAGCCUGCGAGGCCUCGCUCUCCCCCUCCGCCUCCACCGUCCCCAGUUCCCCCUCUGCUGACGAGGCUGCCGCCUCCGCCCCUGCCGCCGCCACCCCCGCCUCCCCCCCCUCCCCCGUCUCCCCCUCCUGUGCCAAUGCCACCACCUCCUCCACCCCCGACGAGGGGCCUCUCCCCCGGCUCAUCAUCAGCAACUUCCUCAAGGCCAAGCAGACGCCGGGCGGCACGGACAACUGGCAGCACAGGAAGAGCCAGGCCCGGCUGGCCCCCGAGAUCGUGUCGGCCUCGCAGUACCGCAGGUUCGAUGAGUUCCAGGCCGGGAUCCUCAUCUACGAGUUCCUCCACCAGCCCAACCCCUUCGAGGUGAGGCCCCGGCUCCCGGGGCAGGACUACCGGCCAGAGGACCUGCCCGGCUUGCCUCGGCUCUCCCACUACUCGCGGGGCCUGCAGCGGCUGGCCGGCCUGCUGCUCGAAGCCGACCCCACCAAGCGCGUCGGCAUCGGUGAGGCCAAGCGGGCGCUGCAGUGCCUGCUGUGGGGCCCCCGCCGAGACCUGCUGGGCCCGCCGCCCCACCGUGAAGAGACCCUGCAGGACAUCCUGCAGAACUGGGUGGACGUGAAGCGGGCGCUGAUGAUGAUGAAGUUGGCGGAGAGGGUGGUGGACGGGCAGCGCGGCGUCGAGCUGGAGGACUGGCUGUGCUGCCAGUACCUGGCGGCGGCCGAGCCCACCUCCCUCUGCCAGACCCUGCGGCUGCUGCAGAUCCUCUGAGUCUCCUGGGCACUGACCCGCUCCCCGGGCUGCCCUCCACUCCCUCUUCUGGAUGCCAGCUGCAGGCCUCAAAGGUCCCUGGGCAGCCUGAAGUCUCUGUGGGAAACGGUACAAUGGCUGGGCCACCCCCUGGAUAUAAUAUAUGAAUAGAGAUAAAUAUGUAUAUAGAGACUUAAGGAUGCUCUUCCUUCUCCUGCUCCCUUCUCGUCCUUCCCCUCCUCCUCGUGGUGUGGAGGCAGCAGGGUUCCCCAGCCUCCCAGCUCAGCUCCCAGCUCAGCAAAGCCCAUUCCUGGGCUGUGCCCACCAGGAACAGAAUGGGAAUCUGGGCCCUACUGCCCGGCUCCCCUCCCCACCACCGUUGUGAUCACCCUUACAUCCUGUCAAAUGAUUAAACGAACAACCAUUUCUCAUUGGCUGACA